AUGUCCGAGUCGUCUCCGUUCAAGCCCUUUGGCUUGACGCAGGUCUAUGUUCCCCGCGAUGGGGCCCCCACUGUUGAUAUCGUCUUCGUCCACGGUCUAAAUGGCCAUCCACAUGAUUCUUGGACAAGCAAGUCGACCAACUGCUACUGGCCUGUCGAUCUAUUGCCAGAUGUCCUCGCCUCUCUUCGUCCCCGUAUUCUAACCUAUGGGUACAACGCGAACGUAACCGCAUUCACGGAUGGUGCUUCACGAGAUUCCAUCGUUAGCCAUGCUGAGACCCUCGCGUCAAAUCUGGCUGCCAAUCGCAACCUUCGGAGUUGUUCCGACCGCCCCAUUAUCUUUGUCUGCCACUCACUUGGUGGUUUGGUCGUCAAACGCGCCCUGAUCUAUAGCCGUAGUCUUUCCAACGAGAAAACCGAGCACCUCCGUUCCGUCUACGUAUCAACUUUUGGUAUCCUCUUCCUGGGAACUCCUCAUAAUGGCUCUGAUAUCGCCAAAUGGGGCCUGUUGCUGCACAACAUCUGCAGUGCUGUUAUGCCCAAGAAGUUUAUGGAAUCCUCUCCACAGCUUGUCAAGGCCCUGCGGACAAACAACGAAACCCUACAGCAUAUCAACAGCUUAUUCGCCGAUAUCAUGAGUCGUUUCCACAUCUACCUUUUCCACGAGACUCGUUCCACCGACGUUCGUGGGACUCGCGAAAUUAUCGUCGACGAGGCAUCGGCUGCCCCUUAUCUAGAAGGUGUGGAGCGGAUGGGUAUUGAAGCAGACCAUAGUCACAUGUGCAAGUUCGAUGACGAGAAUGCCGCCGGCUAUGAAGUGGUUGCGGAGGCGAUUCUCCGCUAUUCCCGUCAAGCUCCUACGGUGAUUGCCGAUCGCUGGGUCGAGGAAAAGAAGGCUCGCACCCUUGAAAAGCAGCAUAAGGCAAGGGAAAUUUAUGACGGUCACUCCGUACUUGCACUUCCUCGUGGACCAGCCACUGAUGGUCGCAAUUCUCCUGUUUCCGAUGUUAGCAACGGUGAUUUGGCCCUCUCACACUAUUCCAACAAGGAUCCGCCGAUCUUUGUGGCACCUGCAGGGUUUCAUCCUAAUGCAACCUUUUUUGGAAUGGAGAAAGAAUUGGAUACCCUACAUAAUCGUUUGUUCAAGGCCAAAUCUCGGCCGGAUCGUACCAUGGCUGUCCUCAUCUCUGGGGUCCCAGGAUCCGGGAAGACACACUUAGCACGUCAAUAUGCCUUUACACAGCGCGAGUGCUAUUCUGGUGGAAUAUUUUGGAUUGAUGCAAAGUCCCGCGAGUCAACCGCUAAAUGCUUUUGGGAAAUUGCCCAGGCUGCUACCUUGAUGGACAAGAAAGAGACCAUUGAACCGGAAUACCAGGAAUCCCGAGGCUAUGUUACUGCCGUGAGAAAUUGGCUGCAGACGUGUCAUGACUGGCUAUUGAUUUUCGACGGUAUAACGUUUGAUCACGAUGAGGAUAUUAAUGAGUUUCGACCUUUUCUUCCCUGGAACAAGCGAUGCUGUAUCAUUUACACCUCCAUCGAUACCACCUUACGAAAGAAGCAGCGCCUAUUUGAGCCAUAUUGCCUGUCAAUGCCCCGAAUGCAUGUGGAUGAUGCAUGUAAGCUCCUUUUCAGAGAUCUCGGUAUCAAAAGGCCGACGAAGGAGCAAGCUGCAAAGGGUAUUGAAUUGGUCGAGCACUACGAAUGUCUACCGUUAGCAAUUCAUGCCAUCGGUCACCGUCUCAAUGCUACUCGCAAGCCAAUUGAGAGAUACCGCGUCAAGCACCAAGUGACAGAUAAGAAGCUUGCGGAACCAUUCCUCAGCAUCAUGAAUGAUCUAUUCCGCUUGAAUCAACCCCAGGCAUUGAAUCUUAUUAACUUACUUGCUUUUCUCGGCCACCAUGUUCCCGUGGGCCUGCUUAACCUCGGGAGACAUGAAAUGUCUACUGAGAAUGCAGAGAUUCUAAGCAGCGCCCAACCCGGCGAGGAGCCUGACCUUGAUACUACUCUUGGAACCCUCAUCCAUUACGGGUUGAUUGAGCGAACAUCGGACAUUGAGACUAGCUUCCAGCAAAAUGCAUCUGACCAGCAGUUGACUCAUGAGCUCGACAAACCUACAAACUCGUACCCGGAGCUGACAGGGUCGAUGACAGAGAGUAGCCAGGAAGGUUUCUUCUCCAUUUACCGUGGAAAUAUGCCUGUUGAUGUGGUCAAAAUCCACAGUGUGGUGCAGGGAUUCUGCCGGGAUGAACUGCGGAUCAAAGACGAGGAGUAUAACAAUACCAUGAGCAAUCAAGACCCUGGAUUCUAUAACUCGUGGCUGAUUGUGGCGACUCGUUUCUUAUGCAAGUCGUAUGAGACGGCCAAAGAAAGAAUGACCCACUACCACGACUGUGGACUUGUCCGCGACUAUCGAGAAUACCAAACCCAUGCAUCUCGAUUGGUUGAACUCUUUCCUAAAAAGGCCAUGAUGAGCGCAUAUCCCCCGGUUGUUCGAGAAGCGCGAGAGAAUCUACGACAACUGAUGAAGAGCCUGACCAAUGAGAUUGAACGCAAGUCCCCGAGCUCUUCCCAGGAGUCUAACCGCAAUCAAAAGUCGGUCUUUGAUCGUUCAAGCAGUUCAUCGUCAUCAUUCCCUGAAUCAUCUGCAGAUGAGGGUAUGUCGCGUCGAUCGACAUGGAACUGGACUGAAUCAGGGUCUGCUCGGGCGGAAUCCCCCGAGGAGAUAGGCAACAAUGCUCGUUUUCGAUUGGAACUUUUCCCGCCUCAUAUCUUCAGACAAGCAGGCUACGAAUCAGAGGAUGGCUACGAAACGGACCAAGAGAAUCAAGUGGCGAUACAGAUUUCACCAUCCCUAUCGCAAUUGAGCCAGAGCACUGAGAAACCAAAGCCGUCACCGAGAGCAUCAACUCCACCCGCUCCCGCUCCAUCUGAUGAUCAUGGUUGGCAAGUAGUCGACCGGCAUACUAAAGCUCAAACACCGCGAGAGAGACAACAAAGGUGGAAAAAUAGAGGCCCUCGUCGGCUACGUGGUGCUAGGCCGGCCGCUCCACUGGUAAAGAUUUCACAAGUGCACGGAAGAGGAUCCUCAAGUCGCGUGUCGCCAGAUAAUGGCGGCAGUUCUACAAUUUUGGCUUCGGCCGCAGAGAAGGCAUUGGCUGCAGUCCGCCGAUUGAGCGAUGGGCAAUCCACUGCUGAGCCCCCAAAGCGAUCUCCGGUACAAGUGUCCACCAUGCAGGAAAAUGUUCCAACAUACGCAAAUAUGGCAGCCCGGCGCAGGCUUGAGGCAGAGGUCCCACUUCGACGUCCGGCAUCGUUACCUCUCCCUCUUCGUGGAAUGGAUCAUAUUUCUGGUAUCCAGAUGAAGCCGUCCGUGGAGUCACUUGAUGGCCAAACAGGGCAUAUUUUUGCAUCUCCGCUAGCUCACGAGUUAACUUCCCGUGAGAUUCUAGCAGAGCCACUCACUCGUUCAACUUAUAGUGAAUCCGGCACUGACUUUUAUGGCCAACGGUUCGAAGGACCAGGUGGUCUACACACAGCACCGAACUCUCAAAUCCACUCUCGCCGGUCAUCAGUAGCUACUGCUUUUGAACCUGCUCGGCGAGAUCUAUCAUCGAGUGUUCCAUCGAUUCUCCCUUACCCGCUCCAUCUUCAGGAUAUGUCUGCAAGCACGCCAUCUCUCAUCCCAUACCCACCUCCACCUCUGCCAUAUGACCAGGACAUCAGCGUUACCAUGUCAUCCCACAGAAAUCGACCACCUAUGCCAAUGGGUCCGGUUGCAUCUACACCUGCCAAUCCUACGCCAAUUUCUCAUCCUUCCGCGAUUAUGCCCGGAGCACUGCCACUCACCCAUGCAUUUUCUGAUAAUAUAAUCCCACGAGCCCCGGACCACGCCGGACCAGAGGGCCUUUCUCGUGGGUCGUCGACAUUAUCACAUCAGUCUUGGGCAACCGAGCCUGUCCGAUACCCACCGCGAUUCUCCCCGAACCCAAGUUUCCAGCAACAAGGUGAAAUAUCACGAACUGCAUCACCCAUGGUUCCCCAAUCACAGCCGCAACCCGUCACCGGAACAGCCAGCUGGGCAGAUGAUAUGUCUCAGCUGGGAAGUGCUCUGCAGUCAGAUGGUAUUUAUCCCCCGCCACGUAGCCAACGCCUGGGCUCGGUGGAUGAGCGACUACAAGACAUGGAGCUGAGCUGGAACCCCGAUAUCGAGCCUGCGCAUCUCCUGCACUACAGGGGACAUCGCGUUGAUGUCCGCGAGGCGCGCCAACGAUUGCACGAGAAUGCCCGACUUCAAGUUCCACGACAUGUCCCGACGUACCAAAUGUAUCAUCGCAAUCUUUCCGGUCCUUUGAUACAGGAAGGUGUUCAUUUCUAUGCCCCGGCGCUGGCGCCGGAGCAAACUUUAGAUUCAUACAGAAUGCGGCCGCGAAGUGGAAGCUCGCCACCACGGCCUCUGAAUCAUGAUGCCUGGCAGACUGCGGAUCAUCUCAUCACUGUGGGGGCGGACCUCGGCACGGACGCAGAGAGGAACCAAAUCCGGUUUCAAUCUAGAUCUCCUUUUCAUCUCAUCACAACCCUAGAAGCUGGACGACAAUUUACAAACUUGUUCAUCCGAAAUGAGUACGCUGUCGCCGAGCAUCGGCCUUCUGAAGCUGAUGCUGGCCCGGGUACCGAUGAUACUGAAAACCCUCAUCCAGCAUGGUAUUCACAUGUCCCCGUCUCUGGUCGGCAAGACUUGCGCACCGAGCUGACAGUCGCAAUUAUUCGCUCGUUCAUGACUUUCAGUAAUUCUAUCACCAAGACCCAGCAGAAUAGCAUGCGCGACCCCGGGAUCAAAGGCCCUAUCUGGGUUUCCAAAGUCGUCCUGCCCAGCCCCGAAAUCGAUGUGCGAAAUGCAGUUCUGCACGCCAUUGACGAGCUAAAGACUGGCGAUGAGUCCUUUGAUAUACCUGGCAUAGCUCCCGUGGAAGCUGAAUGGACUGGUUAUCGCAGUGGAGUGGACAAGAACGCGCCCCAACCGGAUAUCUCAGAGACGGAGAAGUAUCACGAACUACGAAAAGAGGCCUCAUCUGAUACAACGGUAUUAUAUUUCCAUGGAGGUGCCUACUUCUUGAUGGACCCCUGCACCCACCGUGUAUCUGUCUCGCAACUGUCACGUCGGACUGGAUCCCCAGUGCUUUCAGUCAGAUAUCGGCUCGCACCACAGAAUCCAUUCCCUGCUGCUCUGGUCGAUGCACUGACGGCCUACCUAUCACUUAUCCACCCACCACCAGGGGCAUUGCACGACCCGAUACCCGCCAACAAGAUUGUCAUCGCUGGCGACUCCGCUGGCGGAAAUCUAUCCUUGGUCCUGCUUCAGACUCUACUCACUCUUCAACGAUCUUCCCGCUCAAUCAAUUUCCAUGGCAAGGAAAUACUUGUUGAGUUACCCGCAGGUGUGGCUACUAUCUCCCCGUGGUGCGAUAUUACACACUCGAUGCCAUCUGCGGUCCAAAACGCCAAAUUUGAUUAUCUUAUCCUGCCUACCUUUGAAGGCGAUAAAGCAGCUGCGUCUGCACCCUUUGCCCCGGCUCCAUUCCCGCCUGAUGCCGUAUGGCCAGUCUCUCCACCACGGAGCGAUCUGUACGUCAACGCCAAGACCGUACUGCAUCCUCUCGUUUCUCCUCUCGCUGCGUCUCCGGAUCUCUGGAAAAAUGCCCCGCCGGUAUUCAUUUCGACUGGAGAGGAGUGUCUCGCAGAUGAUGGCCUGAUAACUGCUCGCCGUAUGCACGAAGCGGGUGUAUCUGUUGUUGCGGAGCAGUUUGAGGCAGCAGGUAAAAGGUUCUUCGAAGGGUUGUCAGAGUUCUGUCGUAAUGCCGGGGCUGGCCGCGUUGAACCAACUGGCAAACUCACCUAUCUCCCCUUUAAGCUGCAAUCAACCCGAGAAAUUCCGCUUAAGGAUGUCAGCGAUGUAAACGAUGAAGAGGUCGAAGCAAGGAUGCGGCGAACUGCAGAGUGGCGAUUAGAGGGGGAGAAGGAAAUGCUGAGGCGUGAAAGGGCACGAUUAUAG